AUCAACAAUAUCAACAAUAUCAACAAUGACUCUCAACACUACCUGCCUCGUCACUGGCGCAAACCGCGGCAUCGGCAAGGGCCUAGUCGCCUUGUAUCUGGCGCGCCCGCACCACACCGUCAUUGCCGCCGUCCGCGAUCCCGCGCACCCCUCCGCGCAAUCGCUUCGCGAGCUGGGUCUCGCUCAAGAUGCAAAUGACGGGAGCACCACCUCACGCCUCAUUAUUAUCCAGAUGGACUACGCGUCGUCUGCGUCAAUCAAGGCAGCUUUCGCUGCCCUCGCCUCCGACCACGCCAUCCAUUCGCUCGAUGUAGUCAUCGCAAACGCAGGCAUCGGCUAUACCACGGGUCGGCCGCUGGCCGAAGAAAGCCGCGACGAGCUGCAGCGCUUUGUCGAGGUGAACGCGCAUGGUCCGCUUGAGCUGUUCGGCGCGGCAUUGAAGAUGAUGCAGGAGGCGGCGGAAAGAAGGAGAAAUGAGAAAGGGGACCAGGGGAAGAAGCCCCGGUUCGUGCUUGUGUCCAGCAACGUAGGUAGUUUUGGGCUGAAUGCCAGCUUCCCGGGAUACGCGCUGUACGGCGCGAGUAAGGCGAUGGCGAACUACUUGAUCAAGUGGCUGGCUCAAGAGAAUAAGGAGGUGGUUGCUUUUGUAGUACAUCCUGGGCCUGUUAAGACAGACAUGGGAAACAACGCCCGUGACCAAGGAGAAAAAAUGGGGUUGAAAUUGGACCUAAAAUGGCUGGAGGUGGAGGACAGUGCAGGCCAGAUUCAAAAAUUGAUUGACGAUGCUGAAAGCAAAGACUUUGGUGGCCGCUUUCUACAGUAUGAUGGUGCAGAACUACCUUGGUAGGCCGUAGAAGUACAAUAGGAAAUUUCUGAGUUGCAGAAACAUAUUCAUUCUAGGAAGGAAUUGGACACAACCAAGUCAUUAAGCGAUAUCCUACCGCGUAGCCUGCAGCGACUCUGCCUGCGGGACGACAUGAUCCUUUACAUGGUAUUUGUUCAAGGUGGUGAAGAAGACCUUGAAUCGGUGACGCGAAUUCCUGGCACGUGGUACGGGGAUGUCUUUCUUGAUGUUUUUGUAUCUUACAUUGAGAGUGUAGGAGGUGAGGAAAGGUCUUUAACACGCCUUGAAACAAAGCCACUUGAUGAGGAAAUCAGCGAGCAUUGCGGCCAUGGGGAUGGUAAUAUAUGGCAGAAAAGACAUCUAGAUAGGAUGCAAGAGGUGUGUAGUAAAGCGGGGAUAACGAAUAAAC